GUGCCAGUGCAGCCAGUGUGUUUUGACUGUUUUGCUUUUGCUGCGACUGCCUGCUGCCCUGCUCUUGGACGUGUAUUUUGUUGGAAGUCACCAAGUCACGUCUAGUUUUUCUGUUAGGCUACUAUAAUAAUUAUAGAGUUUGUUCAGAUCAACAUGGCUGACGAAAAAUCGGUGCCUCCAAAAGAGGAUUUGAUGGAGGUGGACACUACUGAUGAGGCCAACAAGAGUGUGAUGGCUUCUUCAAAUGCUGCAGGCAGCAUAAACCUCUCACUUCAUCCAUUGGUUAUCAUGAAUAUUUCUGAGCAUUGGACCAGAAUUAAAGCGCAGAUUGGUAAACCACAACAAGUUGUUGGCGCUGUCAUUGGCAAACAGAAAGGCAGGAGCAUUGAAAUUAUGAACUCCUUUGAGCUCCUGUUUGACUGGAUUGGUGACAGCAUCAUUAUCGACCAAGAAUAUUACAAAACCAAAGUAGAACAAUUCAAGCAGGUUUUCAGCGACAUGGACUUCUUGGGUUGGUACACAACUGGUGAAUCCCCAACAGACAAAGACCUGGAGGUCCACCGCCAGUUUGUCGAGUACAACGAAAGUCCCGUUUUCAUGAAACUGAAUCCCAAUGCUACCAUUGGGGACUUGCCUAUCACCGUGUAUGAGUCCGUUAUCGACCUGGUCGGAGGGGAAGCCACCAUGCUUUUUGUUGAUCUGCCCUACACUUUGGCGACUGAAGAGGCAGAGCGGAUUGGAGUUGACCAUGUCGCGAGAAUGACUGCCAAUGAGACUGGAGAGAGUUCCCUGGUUGCCGAGCACCUUUCUGCUCAACACUCAGCAAUCAAAAUGCUGCACAGCCGAGUCAAGUUGUUGCUGCAGUACGCCAAGGCUGUCCAAAACGGAGAGCUGCCACCAAGACAAGACAUCUUGAGGGACGCCUACAGUCUAAGCAAGCACCUGCCUGUUAUGGACUCUGAGAGAUUCAGGGCGGAUUUCUACAACCAAUCCAAUGACGUGAGCCUGAUGACCUACCUUGGAACCAUCACCAAAGGGUGCAACGACAUCAAUCAGUUUGUCAACAAAUUCAACAUUCUGUACGAGCGCCAGGGAUUGGGACGGAGACCAAGAGGGCUCUUUUUCUAACUUCUUUAAUAAAUGUUCAUGACAGGGAGGGCAUACACAAUAAGAAUAAACAUAAAAUAACUUC